AUUCAGGAUUCGGAAAGAGAUUCCACCGUGGGUGUGGUCCCAUCUGCAUCUAGAUUUGCGCUAUAUAAAGCGGAACGGGAAGAAACUCAAACACCACACACACACUCUUCUCGUCUUUCGAACACCACUCUCUCUCUCUUCUCAAUCAACAUGCAAGUUCUCGCCGUCCUAUUGGUUUGCUUGGCCGCCGCCAACGCUUACGUCGUGCCAGCCCCUUAUUUGGUCCGCACUCCGGCCCAUGACAGCGCCAUCAUCAAGUCUGACCGUCUCGGAGGCAACUUUGCUUAUUCCACCGUUGAGGGACACGCAUACGCCGCCGUCUCUCCCGUUGUCCAGCGCGUCCUCACACCUGUCGGAGUCUCCCAUCACGCCAUCGCCGCUCCCUAUUACGGCUAUCCUUAUGGCUUAACUCAAUUCGUUGCACCCGCUCAAGUUGACGCUAAGGCUGGUCAGGCUGUCUACGUUGCCUAAAUAAGAUGCAACUCAUAUGUAAAAUUGAAACUUGUCCUGUUGAUUGAGAUGGUCUUAUACACGCGAAUUUUCCGAAAAAACUGCAUUAAAUAAUGAUUAUUAUUAUAAAGUGUA